AUGGGUUGCCAAUGUGUAUGGAGAUUCUUUGCUGCUAUUAUAAUUUAUCUGUACGAGUGGGUUCAUCCGAUUCCACCUAAGACCAACGACGUUAAAUUUGGCCAUGUUGCUGUGAUUGGCGCUGGUCUCACUGGUAUCUCGACGGCAUCUCAACUGAUUUCACACGGAUUUGAUGUUACUAUCUUUGAGGCUGAAUCUGAAACUGGUGGCAUCUGGUCGAAUGUCAAUUCAACUAGUGGAUUACAGAUUAACUCAAUUAUGUAUCGGUUCCAUCCACUGGUUCUAUGGAAGGGUUUUUACCCCCAUCGCGACGAAAUUCUCAGCAACAUCCGUCGUAUUUGGACUAGUUAUGGACUAAAGGAGCGGACUCGUUUCAACACGCCGGUGACAAAGGUGGAGCGACAUUCGUCUUCAACCCCUCUUGAUGACGGAAAGGGUCACACUCGUUGGGUCAUCAAUGGCAACCAGUCUGAAGUGUUUGACGGACUUGUCGUUACCAUUGGUACCUGCGGUAAACCGAAGUGGAUCAAACUUCCGGGUCAAGAAAAGUUCAAGGGCAAGAUUGUGCAUUCCAGCCAGCUUGAUUCGGUUGACUUCAAGGACAAGAGAGUAUUAAUCAUUGGUGGCGGCGCCAGUGGAGUUGAGGCCGCCGAAACAGCCUAUUCUCUUGGGGCCUCCAAGCCAACUAUUAUUGCUCGCAGCGACAAAUGGAUUAUUCCACGCAAUAUGGUUGUGGAUUGCUUGCUGUCCCUGCAACCAUUCGGACGUGAAAUGCCGCUUUCGUUCAUUCCAGAAUAUCUGCUUAAGAAGUUCCAUUACCGUGAUCUUGCAGAGAAAAUGUGCCCCACGGCUGGAUUCUUCACUGGCACGCCAAUUGUGAAUAACACUUUUUUGACGCAUGUGCGCGAAGGCCACGCUGAUUAUCAACGUGGAGAUGUCAUUGAUCUCAAGGAAGAUGGUAUUGAAUGGAAUGCACGCACUCGCUUUCAAAAGAAAGGAGAAGAAGGUGAGAAGACAUUCAGCCGUGCCGACGUGAUUGUACUGGCUGCUGGCUUUGAGCGGCCUUCCUUCGACUUCUUGCCCGAAGAUCUUUUCCCAGACAAGUACCAAGCUCCGAACAUGUAUCUGCAAGUUUUCCCGGUCGUUGACUGGAGCGUUUUGUGCACUAACUCCACGUUUCACAAUGCUGUUGGUACUGUUGGACAUAUUCACAUCGGCAUUUAUGCGCGUAUUUUGAGCCUAUUUCUACUUGACAAAGCCACGCGUCCAAAGCCCCGUGAUAUGCGUCUUUGGGUCGAUUGUAUUCAUUUUAUUAAGGAGCAUGCGCCGGGAGGACAACUGGAUUUCUUCACAUACAUGGAACUGUGCCUUUGGUUCAUGUCAUUCCUAUGCUUCCGCCCGCUUCGCCUGAAGUACUGUUUCUUUGUCCUGUUUAGCUAUGGCUUUUGGAGCAAAACCAAGACCGGUACACCCAAAUUCCAUUACUCGACAUUUUACCUGCUCAAGCGUGUCACUGCCGGGGUUCGUCGAUUGCCGAUUGCGCUUCCCACGUUCCCUUCGCUUCAAUAA